AUGUAUUUGGUUAAAUGUUCACAGCAAAUCGAACAUAUCGUGGAAUUAGUAGGUAAACAUCGUGACAAAGUGGAGGAGACAGUGGAAGCUAUCAUGAAUGAGAUGAAAGCAAUUGGCAUAGAAUUGGAUGUAGAAAUACGUGUGCCCCGAUUAGUAACCAAACAGUCAUUCCGUGUCAACCCAUUAGUGUCAACACCUGAACAGUACUUCAAAAUAUCUAUUUUAAUACCCUACUUAGAUUCUUUCUGUAAUUCUUUGAAGGAGCGUUUCAGCAGGAAGCAAGGACCGGCCAUCGAACUACAGACGCUUCACCCUACCAAAGUUAGAGUGUUAUCUGUAGACAUCUUGCAAUCUUCCGGAACAGCAAUAGCCGACUUUUAUAAUAUUACAAACUUAACACGAGAAUUAGAAUUGUGGCACCGGUUCUAG